UAUAUAUUAACUCUCUCUCACUCCCCAAUCCCUGCAGUCUUCUUCUGUUUCUAAAAUUACACAUCUACAGAGAGAUAAUGGCAGAUUCUUCUGCAACAUACAUACACUUGGUACACCACCUGAUAGAAACGUGCCUGAUCUUCCACAUGACUAAAGAGGAGUGCAUGGAAGCCCUAUCUAAACAUGCAAACAUCAAACCUGUCAUUACCUCCACUGUAUGGAAUGAGUUAGCCAAAGAGAACAAGGAAUUCUUCGAGGGUUAUGCACAAUCAAUAAACAAACAAGAUGCAAUGUCUGAGGAAGAGACAAGCCAACUGACCCGAAGCAUGAUACGGGAAUCCUCCAAGCAUUCUGAUGAUAAUUAACGUUCCAUCGGAAGUGAUUGGUUAUUUUACAUAUUAUCAGACUGCGAAUCAAGAACUAGUUAAUUCAUAUUCAUAAUCUAAUACUAUACAUAAUGUAUAAUGUAUGGUUAAGAGAAGAAUUAAAGAAGUGGUAUAGGGACAAAUUACUGAAUCAUUGUUCCUGCCAACCAGUUUCCAUCCAUUUUUUCAUGUCUUUUUUCUUUCUAUAUUAUCAUGAAAAAAGAGAAAAAAGCAAACAAGAAUACUGAAUAUAUAAAUUCCAACGUA